AUAAUCGCCAUUCCCUUUUUUUUUAUUGGGCUCCCUUCUUCAAAAAUGAUGGCGAUCUUCUUUUUUUUUAAAUAGUGUCAUCCUUCUUCUUUCCUUUACCUAAGUUGCCUCUUUCUUCAAGACCAGAUCUCCUUUUUUUUUUAAAUGUCGCCGACCCUUCCUCCCUUGUUCGCCGAGUCUCUCCUUCAUCUUAAUUAAGCUCACCUGCUUUCAUUGAGGUCAAAGCAAAUUAUCCGACCUACUCAUCGCUGCUCUUUAAAGUCGCCGGCGACCUCUUUGGAGCAGAUCUGCCUUGUCCGUUUUUGAGAUCUCUAAUUACAGACCGACCUCCAUUACAUUCAGCUGCUGCGGUUCGACCUGCUAUGAGAUGUCUCCAAACUCGACCGAUUCUACCAGUUCUUCCAGUUCGGAUUCUUCAAGCUCUUCCAGCUCGCCUGAUUCCUCGCCGAGCCAGAGUGGUCCUACUGAAAAACGAGUGGCUUCUCCUGCACCUGCUCCAUCCGAUCCGACUUCGUCUAGUUCCUCCAAUUCUUCUCAAUCCUCGCCGAGCCAGAAAGAUCCGAAAGGAAAACGUGUAGCUACCUCGGGUUCACCGUCCUCGUCUAGUUCUUCCCCGACAUCUGAGGAGGUCAGCCCAUCCCAGCCUAAUGACGAGAUUGGAGUGGGCCAAGUCUCUGACGAUCUUGACAAGGCGCUUAAUGUCGAAGUGAGUCAGCUUAACGAGACAGAGAGCGAAGGAAUGGUUCAGUUGGACGGAGUUGAUCUUGAAGCUCGGCGAGAGAUCGUCUUAGGUAUUCUUGCGAUUCGUCGUCAAAUUGUUACUCCUACGGUCGAAGCCUCUUGUUCUAAUAUAAGAGCAUUCUUAGAGCUUUAAAGGAUGCUGGGGCUUCAAAGAUCGGUGUCAAGAAACCGAAAGAUUUCCAAAGACCAUGGGAUGCUCCCGAAGGUUACAUAUGCGUUUACGAGGACUAUUUCCGAACUUGCGGACUUCGCUUUCCAAUUCCCAGUCGAUUGAUUGGAUAUUGUAAUCGUAGAGGAGCCGCCUUGUCUCAGUUGAUGCCGGCCUCUGUUACUAAUUUCGUUGGACUUCAGACCCUUGGGUCAGACAUCAAUUUUGAGGUCACAAUUUCGGUAUUCGAAGACUUGUGUCAAAUGAAGAAAAACAAGAAACCAUGGUACUUCUCUGCCUGUACGAGAUCGGGCUUCAAUCUGGUUUACUCAUGCAUAUGCGACAGUCUUCAAUUACCAUUAGUCAGAACUGGCUGUUAAGGAACGUAUCAAUGAUUUUCAGAGCACAAUCUAUUGCCAUGGUCGGGUCGGAGAGUUGUGCGUAUAGGCAAAUACGACAUGAUUUAUUAAGUUAUAGAAGAUCUGAUACAAAAACAUCUCCAACAACAAUUCAGUUCAUUUUCUUAAUCAAAGUAAUGCGAAAAGCAUUUUGGAGUUU